CGUCACUUCCUGUACUCCUUGGCGAAGUCGAUCUUACAGUUGUAAACUGGUGAAGUUAGUAUUGCGUCUUUUCCGGAACUUAAGGCUACUCAGGAAGGCGCCCCUGUCGCUGCAUCCGCCAGUGACUAGUUCUUCUGGCAAACCAGUUAUUCGAGUUUGUAGUCUUUUUGCAAAGCCUGUGUCCCCGUACGGUGGCCGACGAGGUCAGUGUGUGGCGGAAGUGUCCCGCGAGUGGGUGUGAGCGCCAGGCCGGGCCGAGGUGCACGUGGCUCUGAGUGUGCGGAGCAAAGCCCGGAGAUGUCGUUCCGAGGCGGAGGUCGUGGAGGCUUUCAUCGGGGCGGCGGUUUCAACCGUGGCGGCGGCGGCGGCAGCAACCAUUUCCGCGGUGGCGGCGGCGGCAGUUUCCGAGGCGGCGGCAGAGGAGGGUUUGGGCGAGGGGGUGGCCGCGGAGGCUUCAACAAGGGCCAGGACCAAGGACCUCCGGAGCAAGUAGUGGUAUUAGGAGAGUUCCUGCAUCCCUGUGAAGAUGACAUAGUUUGUAAAUGUACCACAGAUGAAAAUAAGGUGCCUUAUUUCAAUGCUCCUGUUUACUUAGAAAACAAAGAACAAAUAGGAAAAGUGGAUGAAAUAUUUGGACAACUUAGAGAUUUUUAUUUUUCAGUUAAAUUGUCAGAAAACCUGAAGGCAUCCUCCUUUAAAAAACUACAGAAGUUUUACAUAGACCCUUACAAGCUGCUACCACUGCAGAGGUUUUUACCUCGGCCGCCAGGUGAGAAAGGACCUCCAAGAGGUGGUGGCAGGGGAGGCCGAGGCGGAGGCCGAGGUGGAGGCCGAGGCGGAGGAGGCCGAGGUGGCGGCAGAGGUGGAUUUAGAGGUGGAAGAGGAGGCGGAGGUGGAGGCUUCAGAGGAGCAAGAGGAGGUGGAUUCCGAGGGAGAGGACAUUAGAUGCGCCGUACUUCUCCAGGGACUUCUGCUUUCACCGAAUGGUUUGCCUCCAUGGUACGUCAGAGUAUGCAUCUGGAACAAGUCUCCAGGGUGCGGCUGCCAGCAUCGGUGGAGCUGAAGUGUCAGUGUCCUGCAGAAACGAUCGGGGCAGAGGAGUCACUUUUGCUCUGAAAGAGCAUGAACAAGGCUAAUACUUUGUACAGUGCCUGGCACUCUGUGGGUGCUUAAUACAUGGACAAGAGCUAUCAUUGGAAUCAUUUUUCAAUUUUUUAAAAUAAAAUGUUUUAUUCCUUUAAGGUA